UAUUUAUUGUCAAAUGUCUUUUGACAUAACACAACAUAACCUUAAAAUACGAGUUUAUCCUUUGAUAUUUCAUCAGCACCAUUUCUAUUAAGUAAAAUGUUAUUUCAUAAAGUAACUACUGUUGCUAUUACGCGCUUUCCCCAUGCAAGAAUUUUACCGAGGUUGGCAAACUUGAAGAUUGUGCAAUCAGUGCGUGCUUUGUGUACAAACAAACCACCGAGCAACUCACCAAAUGUUCAGGCAGAGGAAGCUAUUGGAACUGCUGAUGGUGCAAGUGUGAAAAGUGGUUUCGCUUUGGCCUUUGACAAACACACGGAAGCUGCCACAAGUAAACCUGAGGAAGUUGUAGAUGUAGAAACGUUUCCGUCUUUGUUGCGUAAAUCGAAAUUCAUUGAUUUAGGUGAUCCAGAAGGCAAAAUAGUGAGUGGAAAAAUUUUUCAUGUAGUCGGGGAUGAUUUAUAUAUUGAUUUCGGGUGGAAGUUUCACUGUGUAUGCACGAGACCGGCGCGCGGUGGCGAAGACUAUGUGCGAGGUUCACGCGUAAGGCUACGGAUUAAAGAUUUGGAGUUGUCAACGAAAUUUUUGGGCUCAGAAAAAGAUUUGACUAUUUUAGAAGCUGACUGCCAAUUACUUGGUUUGCUAUCAUCGCCUGCAAGACAGGGUACUAAAAUACAGUAAUUUAAAAUAAUUGAAAAACUUUAUUUGCAUAAAGCAUUGCCCUUAAAUUAUUAUCUAAGCGUUAUAAUUUAAUUACAAACAUUUUUUAAUAGCACAUACGUCACCUACAACAUUC